GUCGUUCUCCCGUUCUUCUGAGGCUGUGUAUCAAAGUGAAUCUGAAUCUGGUGGAUGGCUUCGGGUGGAACCUCGAUGAACAUCCAUGACCAUGGUGUUUGUGUGGACAAGAAGAAGAAUAGGGUGAGAUGCAAUUACUGUGGCAAAGAAGUUGGUGGAGUGACGCGUCUCAAGCGUCACUUGGGAGGUGUUCCAAAAGACGUAGCUCCUUGCCUACAAGUCCCUGAUGCUAUCCGACAGCCCUUUCGCCGUCUUAUGCUUGAUGCAAUCCCUCUUCCUCGUCUCCGUCGCUUACCCAAACCUGUCGAUUCCUCUUCUUCUGAAGAACGCCGUGCCGAAUCCCUUCUUGAUGUGAAGAUUCACUCGGAGAGUGACGAGGAUAACUUGUUCGUGAAGAAAGAUCAGAAGAGCAUUGGCCGGUUCUUUUACGAGAACUGCAUUGAUUUCUCAGCCGCUGAUUCCAAGAGUUUCAGAGAAUUGUUCGGUUAUUUGGGUUGUCAUAUUCCGAGUUCUAAAGACCUCAAAGGUUGGAUCCUUCAGGAAGAGGUGAAUGAAACACAUGAAUACAUUAAGAGCAUCAAAGGUUCCUGGGAGAUCACAGGUUGCAGUAUUCUGAUGGACGCUUGGGUUGACGCCAAUGGGCGUGACCUCGUUAUGUUCAUCGCUGAUUGCCCAAAGGGUCCGGUCUACCUGAAAUCCCAAGACGUUUCCGGUAUCAAGAAUGAUAUAAUAGCCCUAGUGUUAAUGAUAGAUGAGAUCAUUGAGGAAGUUGGAGCUCGUAAUGUCGUUCAGGUUAUCGGUAAUUCUGUAUCGGGCUGGGUAGGCAAUCUAGGAAAGUGGAUUGUAGAGAAUCACAAGGAGAUCCUCUGGUCUGUGAGUGUGUCUCACUGCUUGGAGCUUAUGCUUGACAAGAUUGGUGAAAUGGAAGUUGUUAAAGACGUUCUUAAGGAUGUCAAGAACAUUUCCAACCUCAUUCUUGAUGAUCCUUCCAUCUCGAAGCUUUUCAAAGUUCAAUGUCGUGGAAAAGACUUCACUGUCUCAUCCAAGAACGAUUCUGCUAUGCCUUAUCUGACCCUAGAGAGCGUUUUGUCGGCCAAGGAGGACUUGAAAGCCAUAUUCGCUUCGUCUAUUUGGAAGAACACGAUCUCGGCCUCGAGAGAAGAUGGGAUAGAAGUGGCCAGAUUGGUGGGUGACCCUUCUUUCUGGAAAACCGCGGAGAUAGUUCUCAAAUGCACGUAUCCUCUCAUCCGCUUCUUCGACUCGUUCCUUAAGGAAGAAAAGCCGCAUAUGGGACACAUCUAUGAGCAAAUAUACAAUAUAAAAGAUACAAUGGUGAAGGAAGUUUGUCCGUAUUGGUCAGUGGUGGAUGAAGUGAGGGAAGCUCACCUUCACAGUCCUCUGCACGCUGCCGGUUACUACCUGAACCCGUGUGCCUUGUGCUCAUCGAACUUCCGUGUCAAUGGAGAAGUGGCCACAGGUCUGGUGUCAUCCUUGGUCCAUUUGGUAAAGGGCCAAACUGUUCGAGGUAUAGUUAUGCAGCAGAUUGAGACUUAUAGACUCGGUAAAGAUCCCUUUCUCAAGGCUACCCACAUAGAUGAGAUGUCUGAAACUGAUCCAGCUGAAUGGUGGGCUCGUAAGGGGAAUAAGCACCCGGAAUUACAAAGGGUAGCCGUUAAGCUUCUGAGCCAGAAGUGCGAUGGCGCGUCAAGAUACAAGCUAAAGAGAAGUGCGGCGGAGAAGAUGCUAAAGGAAGAGAGGAGCCCAAUCGUGAGGCGAUAUCUGAAAGACUUUGCAUUUGUUCAUUACAAUCUGCAACUGCAGAAAUAUUGCAAAGGGGGAGCAGAUGCGGGAGUUCCUAUGGAGAUCGAUGCUGCAUCAGGCAGCCAAGGUUGAACAUCAAGUCUCUGAGGUUUUUGUGUUCUUUCAUGGGGUUACCAGUCAGUUCAACUCCUGUUUCAUUUCUCAUGUUCUGGUAUUUCGGUUUCAAAUUCUGAAAACCCGGAAAUGCCGCAUUUAAUUUUAUCAAAUAACAAAACCCAUGAAAGUAAG